CUUUCUUCCUUCCCGGCGACGCGCGCAACAAGACGCCGUCAAGAUGGCUUCGGCGGAGCAGGAGAUCCAGUCUCUCCUCCUCCGGUUCAGCAUCAUGCUCGCGACGUCGCUGUCGACGCUGUCCGACGCACUCGACCCUCACAUCGUCGAUGCGCAAGGACCCUCCACGAGCUCGGCAGCAGCGACAUCGUCCAAGAUCACGCAUGACGUGCGUGUGCUGUUCGACUCGGCCAAGCAAGCCAGCACGAACCUGACGCUGGCCCUCCGCGCCCCUUCGAACUCCAGCGACUCCUCGCGCAUCGAGAAUGGCGGCGUGAGCCCGACGGAGCUCCUCGACGCCGCCUCGCUCGACGCGGCCAAGUCGCAACUGACGCUACUCAUGAACGAAGUGCUCCCCAAGCUCGUCUACCUCUCGCGAAAGGCGUCGUCCGAGGCCGUCGCCUCCCGCCGCGUCCCUCUGUCGCCGGCGGAAAAGGCCGAGGCGGCCGCCGUGCGCAAAGCCGUCGCGGAGCAGGGCGGCACCGUGGUCUUUCACCCGUCCCUUGCGGGGGACACCGGCGAGCAGGAGUACCGGACCGAGCGGGUGUGGGGCCGCGGGUUAGGGCGAGCGUGGAGCGGCGCCGUCAAGGGCAUCAUUGUCGAUCUUGUCGAGGAUCUCAUCGGGCUCAGCGAGGCCUUCAUGGCGCCCAAGACGCUCACGGCUGUGCAAAAGGCGGCCGAGGCGCGCUGGAGGCGCGACGGCGGGCCCAAGCCGGGCGUCAUGGCGCGACAGGCGUGCAAGAGCCAAAAGGAGGCGAGGGCAACGGCGCUGCUUGCGAUUGGCAAAGUGUACGACCUGUGCGAUGCUGUUCUCAAGGGCAACAAGCAGAAGCGAGGGCUGCUCCUCGUUGAGAACAACAGGGAGGCCGUCAAGCUCGGCUGGAAGGAUCGGGUCGAGAUGGCCAGCGAUGCGCUCAAGGAGCUGCAGGAGGCAGUGGACAGCGACGAGGCGCAGGGCACAUUGAAGGUGGAUGCAACAGAGGAUGACGAAGACGAAGAGGAGGAAGAAGAAACACUCAGCGCAGAGGAAAAGGCCGAAGCGUCAAAGUACAUCAGCUUGAUCAAGGCGGGCAUCGAGCUGGAGAAGCAGCUCGGCAAGUCGCUCUUUGCUGCUCCUUCCAACAAUGCAGACGGGGCAGCAGAAGCGCGAGAGGACAAGCUCGACGAGUACGACGGGCUGGACGAGACAGCCAGGGAGCUCGAAGAGCGAACUGACGAUCUCGUCUCGACGCUUCUAUACGGUGUGGAUGAAGAAGACGAAGAAGAGUCUGACGAUGACGAUGACGAAGACGGCGACGACGCCAGCGACGAAGAGGAGAAACGGCAGAAGGCUUUGAGCAGCGCAAGAAGCGCCUUUGUCGAGACGGCACAGAAGCUCGCGAGGUCAAUCUCUUCCAUCGCAGAUGACCAAGAGGUCAAGAAGCGUCUCGAGGAAGUCACGAAGCUCGCAGGAGCAAUUUGAUGCCAUGUACCAGUACGGAAGACGAGCUCGUAUUUCAUCUUGCUUCUUACUCUCAAGCAGAGGCGGUCGCUGUCACCCAUCACAUAGAGUCUUGUUUCAUCACAUAAUAUCAACCGGUGCUUCUGUGGGCAUUCACAAGGCAUGU